CAAGCUAUGUACACAAAAUACUCCACGCACGUGAUGAGUGUAUACAUAUGCACCAGUAAUGGAACAAACCUGCAAGUAAUCAACCGGCAAUCGAGAGCUAGAGAGAUUGGAGGGAACUGAAAAGGGUAGCAUUUUUUCGGUCUCUGGUGGUCGUCUGUCGUCUGAUCUCCGCUGUGUACUGAGUACACAUUAUUUUGGUUUUCUACCAAAUCUGGAUUCAUUACUAUUGUACUGUCAAGUGGAAUAUCACAGAGUGUACUUUUCGUCGCUAGGUUGAACAAGAUCUUUUCAAUUAGCAGUGAGCAAAGAUUUGGAUUCUGUGUUGCUCCAGCUGUUGAGAGUGAAAUGGAAUAGUGAGGACAUCAUUACAACUUUUAACCCGAGCGGCUGAGGUACAUGUAUACGUAUCAAUCUGCUUGAUUUGAUCACCUAUUCUGGAAGAUUUGUUUAAAUCUUCUCGAACCAGAUUGGCCAUUUGAUUGUACUUCUCCGUAUAGAAACAAUGGAAGAUCAACAGGAUGAGUAUCGAUUGUACGGUUGUUCCUGAAGCAGUUUGGUGCCCUGAGGUGCAAAUCUAGCAACACAUGGUGCUGCCUCUCCUGUUUCCAUCACCACAAACAGUCUGACUUCAUCACAGAAGGCAAUCAUUGAAUCAAGUGGUUUGCAGGGGAAAAAUUGUACUUUUUGUGGUGAUAGCAGCUCUGUCCUGCAACAAUUAUUGACUCUUUUAGUGGGUAUAGCCACUAUUUUGUAACCUUUUUCCCUUUGUACAACUGAGCUUACAGCUCCAGGGACCCUCAACAGUGUCAUCGUCCACAUUAUUGACUGCAGUAGCCACCACAAACACUCAAGAACAUGGAAAUAAACAAUGCUGUGUGGCUAGUACUAGCCUUCUUCCUAUGCCUGGUGACAUCACAAGUCGAAAGUAGGUCAAAGUCAAAGGACAAGGAGAGGUCAGAGGGCAAUAAAGACAGGUCACGUUCAAGAGGGCAGCAUCAGAGGCUGAGCUUCCUUCCUCCCGUCUCUGGGUCGUCAAAGAAACCCAACAUCAUCCUGGUCCUCACCGAUGACCAGGAUGUUGUCCUAGGUUCCAUGACUGCCAUGAACAAAACUCGCUUUCACCUUGGAAGCCGAGGGGCGGAGUUCACCAAUGCCUUUGUGACCACGCCCAUGUGCUGUCCUUCUCGGAGCAGUAUCUUGACCGGUCAGUACGUCCACAACCAUCAAGUGUUCUCAAACAUUGGGGAGUACUGUGGCUCGGACGAGUGGAGGAUGGGACCAGAGCUGGCCAACUUUGGGACCUACCUGCAGGGGGCGAACUAUAGAACAGGUGAGUGGUAGAUAUAUCAAGGGUUUCUAUUG